ACGACAACGAUCUGCGUGUGGACUACCAACUCGAGGCUGCCCUUCCAGACCAACUGCAACAUGCCUUUGAGCACCAACACCUCCCAGUUGGAUUUCCAUGCGCGCCGAGCAUACCAAACUCACCUUUCAUGUUCCGUCUAGCCCAGUCCGGCACAUCUUCGAGUCGACUUCUUCAACCGACCACAUGUCUCAGCUCCAAAUUCACACCACUCGCUACUCCAGCUGCCGUCGGUCCCUUUGAUCCCGCCCUCGUCGGCCUCGCCUCGCCUUCGACGCUGUCACAAUUUCACCCGCCUCCAACCGUCGUCACAACCGGUCUCCAACCGCCUGACACGCAAUCCGUCCAACCCACCAGCCUCCGAACCGCCCAACUCGAGGCUGGUCGUCGGCGACUCGACCUGUCGACCUGUCGACACCAACCGGAUUGGUACCAGCCUCGCGUCGGCCAGGACGGCAACGCUUCUGGCCGAUUUGGCCGAGUCGACUGGCGAACGGCGACGCCGCGAGGCCCAAUCACCGUCGGACCCCUCGCCUCGAACAUCCAAGACCGACCACUCGCGUCGGUCUCUCCAUCCUCCCUCACAUCGGCCCUCUUCGCCGGCACAUCUGCGCCCCACUCUGUGGUACCGUCGACGCCCAACAGCCUCGUCUGUCCACUUCUGCCGCCCAACACACCGUCUCACCAACACCAUCGCUACCACUUUUCCCUCUCGCCCCAAUUGCCCUCUCAGCCGGCACCAUCGAACGAGGCUCGUCUUCACCGCCACAUGUCCACCUCCGUUUCUACCGCUCUUCGCGGCGCCCGGCAGACAGAGUCUCCGGGCGGCAACGGCCGCGUGGAAACCGUCUCGACCGGAUCCGGCCAACGAGUCUCAGGCAAGCAGACGAGAAUGAGGACUGUGCUCAGUGAGCGUCAGUUGGCCGCAUUGAGGGCCUGUUACGCCGUCAAUCCGCGGCCGGACGGGCUGACGAAAGAACAGUUGGCGAUCGUGACCGGACUUAGUUCUCGGGUCAUUCGUGUCUGGUUCCAGAAUAAACGAUGCAAAGACAAAAAGCGUCAGACGAGCCUGUCGACCGGUGGACACGAGGCAGAAGUGAAGCAAACCAUCGGAAAGGAACAGCUCGACCGGCCGAAUGGGCUGAUGAUGCAGGCCAGCCUCGAGGCUGGGAAACGCGACAGGAAGGUUGCGCCCAAUGGACUGACGAUUAGAGAAAGAGGUGCGGACGACACGAGGGAAGAAGGAAAGAGAGCUAAAGACAGAACGAAGGAAAAGGAGGAGCAGGAGUAUGAGGAGGAGAAGGAGGAGGAGGAGGAGGAGGAGGAGGACGAAGACGAAGACGACGACGAGGAAGAGGAAGAGGAAGAGGACGAGGACGAAGGGGACGAAGGGGACGAAGUGGACGAAGAAGACGAGGAGGAGACUGAGCAAGAUGAGCCCAAUGAGGGAGAGGCAGAAGAGAUCAAAGGGGGCGCUGGUAGAGUUCGAGUCCUUCAACAGGGCAUGAGAGAUACCGACCAACCACUGGCAGCGAGUGGACAUGCUCCUCUGCGCGGUCGGUUGCUAUGUCUGGACGAGAUUGUGAUGGAUCAAAUAGCGCCAGUUGAGGAGCAGAAAGUUGAGCAUCAGGUCAGUUCACUCCAUUCAUUUUUAACAUAA